CGUUGUCGUUAAGUUGAUUACCUUUCUUCCUGCACCUUGGCCUCCACCGCAUCGACAUCGCUGGUGCUGGCUUUCCAAUCACUGCUCAUGCGGCCUUGAGCGUUCUUAUGUCUCUCAGAAUGCACCACUGAGCAGAAACCUGUCGAGGGGCUCUCUUAUUUGACACUCCUUUCCACGCAGCCUCGUCACAAUGCGGACCUCAAAUAUACCCUGGACAUGGGCCCUCCUCCCUCUUUUGUCUUGGGACUCAUUCGUUGCCCCUGCACGGGCUUCUCCUUCUGUCAAUGUUGCCCUACAGGCCUCGUUCUCCGCCGGCCCUUACCUGGUCGAGCUGCUAGAAACGGCUGCGCUUGAGAACUCCUCCUCCUACUUUCCUCUUCUUGACCGCAUCGCCGACGGUGCCUUUGCAGAUUUGCAAACGGAACAAGAGCUGUAUACUAGAUUCCUCAACAUCUUGCAAGAAGAUGGGCAUCUUUCCACCCCCGAGUCUCUUUCUUCCUUCAAAUUCGCCCUCGCCCUCCACGCCGCGGCGCCAAGGGUUGAAGCUCACUUCCAGUACUACACCACUUCUAUUCAACCUCAUCUGAUGGCUGCGCAAGAUGCCGCCUGCCCCGUCUGGGUUUAUUUGGAUGGUGAGCAAUACUGCUCCCCGGCCUUAGACCGUGCUCAACAGCCGGUCUCCAUUCCCGAUACUGUGAAUGAUCUCCCGUUCGAUCGCGUCCUCGGCGCCUCCUCUGAUGGACUUCCAUCUAUCCUCUAUGCAGAUAUCACUCAUCCUUUGUUCGGCCAAUUCCACAGUGUGGUCAGCCAGACCGCUCGUGAAGGGAGAUCCACAUACAAAGUCCGUUACAGACCCUCAGCGUCGGCCUCUCACAAUCCGAUUCAUGUUACAGGCUAUGGUGUGGAGCUCGUUUUGAAGCGCACAGACUACAUCGUUAUUGACGAUCGUGAUGCCCAAAAGCCAGAGGAUGCCACACCGGACCAACAGUCGUUAGAGACCGUCAAGGAUGAUGAGCUCAAAGAUCUGAGGCCUCUGACUACUUCGGAGGUUGCCAAUUUGGGUGUCAAUGCCGCUAGCUUCAUCCUCUCAAGCUCGAAUCCUCUGGAUACCCUGCUACAAGUCACUUCCGAUUUUCCUAAGUACUCGUCGCUUCUUGCAGCGGCAAAUGCCAGCAGGGAGUUCAUUCUGGAACACCGGGCAAAUCGAGAGCAGUUUCUACCCUCAGGAUACAAUGUCUUAUGGAUCAAUGGUGUGCAGAUCGAACCCCGCCAGAUCAAUGCCUACUCUCUGCUCGACCAUUUGCGAAGAGAAAGGCGCAUUAUCGCCGAGCUCAAGAAUCUAGGCCUGACAUCGUCCGAAGCCAUUAGCCUCCUUUCCAGUGAGAUUAUCGCGGAAGCACAAGCAAACGAAACACCUCAGCGAUUCGACUGGCGCGACGAUUCCGAAGCUGGCGGGGUCUUGAUGUGGCUGAAUGAUCUGGAGCAGGAUAGACGCUAUGCUGGAUGGUCGUCGUCCCUACGGUCUUUGUUCCAGAGGACAUAUCCCGGGCAACUCCCUCAAGUGUCCCGUGAUAUCCAUAACCUCAUCGUGCCAUUAGAUAUGGGAAACAUCAAAGAUAUUGAACUUGCCGCGACUUCAUUACAAAGUCUGGUCAGACGACAAGUUCCCAUCAGAAUCGCUCUUAUCCCCACCGGGGACGGGGAGACAGCAAACACUUAUUCAAAAGUGGCGUAUUAUAUCUCAGAUACCUAUGGUCUGACAGCUCUCAUGAGCUUCUUUUCUGAUGUUGUAGCAUCUAAAAAGUUGGAUGCGAGCCCGGAGAAAAGCUUCAAUACCGCAAUAAAGGGUCGGGCCACGAGACCGGAGAAGGAGCCGUUAUCGUUUCAAGAUGUACUGACCGACGAAAGUUUGCAUCUCCGACUGCAGGCACGCGAUGAGUAUCUGAAGCGCUUAGCACUGGCAGGGCCCAAUCCUCCCUUCCUUGUCAAUGGUGUGGUCCUCCCAAGGACAGACAACUGGUUUGAGCUUUUGAGUGCGCGGUUGUACUCAGAUCUCCAGCUAGUGCAGCAAGCAGUGUUUCAAGAAGCCAUUUCGGAAGAUUCCUGGAUCCCCGAGUUCUUCCUCUUCCAGGCUGUGAAGCGGCGCAAUGAGAUCGUCUUCCCUGAUGAUCCCAAAGAUACCGAAAUUGUCGACGUCGGCCAGGUAACCGCCAAGUUCGCUGAUAGCUUUGCUCGCCUUCCUCGGCUGCCUGGGACAGAGGCGACAUUGUUGAGCGACCGCGCUCACCUUCUUAUCGUCAUCGAUCUUGAGUCCGAGACAGGUCGGGCCUUGCUCUUGGAGGCGAUGCUAUUUCACCAGCGGAAUGCUGAAACAGAGCUCCUGAUCAUUCACAAUCCUAGUCCAGAAACGCAGAGCUCCACCUUUGCCCCCGGUCUGUACGCGCUCUUGCAAGAGGGCGGGCGGGACCUGACCGUCGAACGGCUCGAGGAGUUGCUUAAGGGCGAUCUGAAUUCUUUUACGGAUGAUCUGACAGAUGCAUCAGCAGAAUUCUGGCGUUCUCAGGCAGAUCUGAUUCGGACGCUAUCUCUUGCCGAAGGUCAAAAUGGCUUGUGGCUUAAUGGUCGUCUCCUGGGCCCCCUUGAACAAAGGUUCACCUCUGUUGACUUCGAGUCGUUGCUCGAAUUCGAACGGAGAGAGAGAAUAGCACCAGUCACAACUGCCAUCACUGGACUUGCGCUGGAAGACCGGUUCACUGGGGCUCUCGACCUCGCAAAGAUUACCUCGCUCGUUGCUCGAUCUUUGAAGUCCGACCUGCCGGAGGGUUUGAGGGAAUCGGCCCCCUUGAUCAGGCUGGAGCGAUUCAAAAUCUGGAACGGCACUCAUACAUCCAUCAAGAUCUCGAACUCGGACGACAUCAAUAUUCAGAUUGUGGCCGCUAUCGACCCGGCCUCUGAGCUUGUCCAGCAAUGGGUACCGAUUCUCCAGACCUUGUCCCAGCUUAGUGGAGUGAGCGUGCAGAUCUUCUUGAACCCGAAAGACAGAUUGACCGAGCUACCCGUCAAACGAUUUUUCCGGCAAGUCAUCAGUGCAGAGCCCAGCUUCGACGCCCACGGUUCGCUAGUGAUUCCUAAUGCAUCGUUCAGCGGCAUUCCUAGGGAUACACUCUUCAACCUGGGAAUGAUUGUCCCUCCGUCGUGGUUGGUUGCGCCCAAACAAUCUAUCCAUGAUUUAGACAACAUCAAGCUCAGCAACGUAGCCGAGGGUGAGAAUAUCGACGCCAUCUAUGAGCUUGAGCACAUUCUUAUAGAAGGCCAUGCCAGGGACGUGACUAAUGGUCCACCACCUCGCGGCGUUCAGUUGAUGCUGGGAACCGAGGAUGAGCCGCACUUCACGGAUACCAUCGUCAUGGCUAACCUGGGAUACUUCCAGUUCAAAACCAAUCCUGGGUACUGGCAAAUCUCAUUAAAGCCGGGAAGGUCUUCAAAGAUCUUCCAUAUCGACAGCGUUGGCCCUCAUGGUUACUCCGCACAACCGGGCGAUGAGACCACAUCAGUUGCUCUGCUCUCGUUCCAGGGGCUGACGCUGUUCCCCCGACUUUCCCGAAAGCCUGGUAUGGAAGAUGAAGAUGUUCUCGAGUCCUCCGCCCUCGGGGGAGCCAUGGACUACCUCAGCAGGGGAGCGUCUUUCGCAUCUUCGGCGCUUUCCUCAUUGGGCUUCAAGAAAACCUCGACCAACGCCGACAUCAAUAUCUUCUCCGUGGCUUCGGGUCACCUUUACGAAAGGAUGCUGAAUAUCAUGAUGGUGUCGGUCAUGAAGCACACCAAACAUAGCGUCAAGUUCUGGUUCAUCGAACAAUUCCUAUCACCGUCAUUUAAGAGCACCCUCCCUGUCCUUGCGAACCACUACGGCUUUGACUACGAGAUGGUCACCUAUAAAUGGCCUCACUGGCUCCGAGGUCAAAAGGAGAAGCAGCGGGAAAUCUGGGGCUACAAGAUCUUGUUCUUGGACGUACUUUUCCCGCUGGAUUUGGACAAAGUCAUUUUCGUGGACGCCGACCAAAUUGUGCGCACCGACAUGAUGGAAUUGAACAGAGUAGACCUGAAAGGAGCUCCCUAUGGGUUUACACCGAUGUGCGACUCUCGCACCGAAAUGGAGGGCUUCCGUUUUUGGAAACAAGGAUACUGGGAGACCUAUCUCCGGGGUAAACCCUACCACAUAUCCGCUCUCUACGUUGUCGACCUCAAGAGAUUCCGCCAACUCGCUGCAGGUGAUCGUCUCAGACAACAGUACCAAGCACUCUCUGCCGACCCAGCCAGUCUCUCAAACCUUGACCAGGAUCUGCCAAAUCACAUGCAACACACUCUUCCCAUCCACAGUCUUUCUCAGGAAUGGCUCUGGUGUGAGACAUGGUGCGAUGAUGCCAGUCUGGCCAAGGCCAAGACGAUUGAUUUGUGUAACAAUCCGCUCACCAAGGAGCCCAAGUUGGAGAGGGCGAGGAGGCAGGUCCCCGAAUGGACACUCUACGACGAGGAGAUCGCGGGUGUCAUUGGGGCGGCAAAGAAGAAGCAGGGAUCCACGGUUGCGGACAACGGAGAUCUGGGCGAGGCUGCUGGUGACGAGAGCCAGAGGAAGCUUGUAAAUGAUGACAGGAUUAGGGAUGAGUUAUGAUGUUGUCUGUCGUGCCAUGGAAUGGCCAAAAAGCUGCCGAUAGAUUUAUAGAGCUGUACACUACGAUAAAGGGCAGACAAAAGACGAUUUCUGGAUCACUUUAACAGGAUGAAACAGACAACAAGCCGAUCGAAUCUCAGGAUUCUUUUGCCAAUGAUUAAAUUCGAUUCGUGAUUCUCCUCCAUGAGACACAACA